AUGGUUUGCAAAGGGAUCUGGUAUGGGUGCUACCCGAACCCAGCCAUAGCCAUCAAAGGGUGUACCUGCACACAUCUCUGGCUAGAUGGCUAUGGUGUGGAUGAUUUUAUAAUCAGAGUCCACCCAAACACACAACUACCGGAUGAGCCCUUCACAGGCACGACUGAAAUCAAACGAAUUAUUAUUCAAAACUCACCAAAACUGGAGGGGUUUGGCUCUAAGGGUGGGAAAGGAUUUUUUACAAACCUCGGCAAGUCAUUAAAGGGUCUGGUGAUCGACAAUAACCCUGGUAUUCGUAAUGAUGAGUGGGCGAGAAUAGCCCCAGAAUUAGGGGCAGGACUCCCGCUUAUUGUUCAAGGAGCCAAAUGUGGUUAUCCACCUGAGACCAGGGGCAAGAAUUUUGGAAAUCAAUUCAUCCAAAACCUAAAAGCCUCGGACCCGUACGCCACCACAACAUCCCCGUCUCCGAUAACCUCCAUUCCCAUCACCACUACUACAGAGAAAAGUGGUGCCACGGGUGGGCACAACCAUUCACUGGUCAUAGCCAUGGCUUCCAUAGGAAAUAUACUUCUGGUUCGUUGGUAUCAAUCCAUUCUCAAAGCCGUGCCUUUGUUUGCCUUUUAAGUGAUCCGUGUAUUGAUUACUAUGUUUACUGUAUUUUUGUAUUUAUUUGCUUUAAUCAAUAUUAAAAUGUCC